UAAGAAAUAAUCACAAACACUUUAAUGUGUGAAGUGAUGGUGUCCAUGUUGUGAGAAAUUGGAAUCAACCAUGUCAUGGUUAGCAAGAACAAUCGCAAAUUCUCUCAAACUCGACGAAGAAGACGAAGAAGAAGGAAACCCUCACAACAGCAACAAUGAUGAUGUUAACCUAAAAUCCCCUUCCAAUAAAUCCGAAUCAAAAUCCACUCAACCCGAUUCAAAUUCACAAUCUGAAUCUCCAUCUGCAUCAACUCACAGUCCCACCGCGCGUGGCGUCAAAGAGGAUAUCUCCGAGCUCACCAAAUCCCUUUCCCGCCAAUUUUGGGGCGUCGCUUCAUUCCUCGCUCCUCCUCCCGAUCCCGAUCACGAUCACGAUCCUCGAACUCACGACUCCGAUCCUAAUCCCGCCGAUGAAGACGUUAUCGCUGGAAUCCGAAGCGAUUUCGCUGAAAUUAGUGGAAAAUUCAAGAGCGGGAUCUCAAAGCUUUCCGGUAACAAAACCGUAUCUGAAUUCACCAAGAUCGCUUCCAGUUUCCUUCAAAUCGGAUCCGAAGAGGAAUACGAUCUCGACGGUGUGGUUGGAGUUACGGAGGAGGUUGUCGCCUUUGCCAGAAACCUAGCGAUGCAUCCAGAAACUUGGCUCGAUUUUCCACUUCCCGAUGAUCCUGAUUCUGAUGAUUUUGAUUUGUCUGAUGCACAACAAGAACAUGCUUUGGCUGUUGAACAUCUUGCUCCAAGUUUAGCUGCUCUUAGAAUGGAGCUUUGUCCUGGAUAUAUGAGUGAUGGUUGCUUUUGGAAGAUUUACUUUGUACUACUGCACCCUAAACUCAGCAAAGAUGAUGCUGUUAUUUUAUCAACUCCACAAAUAAUGGAAGCUAGAGCAAUGUUAACUCAGGCAUUAAACAAAAGAACCAAGGAAAAGAUAGAUCCAGACUUAUCUGCGAGAAGCAGCAUCCCUUCAAAAGAGGAGGAACAAGAGCAACAUCUUUUCGUGCCAAGCAAUGUUCAACUUGAACCAGUACCUCUUAAGACCGCUGCUGUUGAAGAAGCCCCAUCUGUGGUUGUGUCUGAUGUAGAGACAGAGAAACAUCCUGUGCACCCUGUUCAAAGUGAUGUAACUCAAACUAGUGAAAAGUAUGUGGUUAAAGAAGCUCCAAUUAAUCCCUCUACAGAACAAUCAUCAUCUGGUUCAACAAAUCGAUUUUCAGAUGAAGCAUAUGAGGAUGAUGCCGAUGACUGGUUGAAAGAAGAGGAUACUUCUGAAAUGGUUGGUCCCAGUGGAACUUCCAUUCAUACUGGUGAUGAAGAGGAUGUCUCAUUCAGUGAUCUUGAGGAGGAGGAUGGUGAUGUAGAUGCAAAUUAUAAAAAAACUAGAUCAGGUUCUGAUUCUUCCACAAAAGACUCUCGAGAUUGGGUUCAGUUGGGUAGAAGUUCACCUAACUCUGAUAAGGAUAUAAACUCUAUGGAAAGCAGACAUGCAGGCUCUGAGCAUUCAAGUGCUCGUAAUUCUUCUGUGACCAAGGAUUCCAAUGAUUGGCUUAAUGUUGAUGACAUUGAUGUAAUUUGAUAAAACCACGGAAAUGUCCUAUUGAUUCCCGCUGCAAGCAACACAGCUGUGCAGCUCGACAUUAAUCUGAGGGAGAGUAUACUCCACCAGGCAAUGAGAUCAUUAGCAGGCCAUCUCUAUGAAGAACACAGACAGGAACUUUUAGUAUAUGCUAGCAAGGGAUUAUGUUAUUGGAUAUUUGUAAACCAUGAACUGCAGCUAGUUACAUGGAAUAGCCUAAUUACGUCGUUGGGUUGCUGUUAUGAAAGUGCACUCUGGUUGGUGCUUUAUGGUGAGCAUUUUAAUUGAUCUGGGCAUGAGCUGCAAAUCACCAGAGAUUUCAUUGGCAGAGUGAUUGGUCCUUCAAUUUGUGACAUACUUUGAGCAAAGGAAAUGUGUGUUAGGAGUCGAGGUGAUAUAGUAUAUGGAGUCUUGAUCAAGGAAGAUUAGGCUAAAUGUUCAUACCAUGAUAGUUUUA